CUUCAACAGCACAUCAAGUCCUACAUCUCAAACAUAAUGAGCUACUACUACGGCAACUACUAUGGUGGCCUUGGUUAUGGCAUUGGUGGCUUUGGUGGCCUGGGCUAUGGCUAUGGUUCCAGCUAUGGUCUUGGGGGCUAUGGUGGCUAUGGAUACUUCCGUCCCUCUUUCUAUGGCAGAUACUGGUCCUCAGGAUUUUACUGAUUUUACUGGUCCUCAGAUUUUGCAAUAAUCUACUAAUCCAAUCCAGAAUCAAUUACUUAGGAUGGCUACUAUUACCCUACUGUGCUGAAGACUUCUCCUUUGUUCAUUUUAUGAUAUUUCUCAGCAUGUUACCUUAAUAAACGUCUAUUGUGAGCAUUGUA